AUGCUUCCAACUUCUUUAAGUUUUGAAAUUCCACCGCUUUAUAAACAUACGUGGUUAGGUGAUCAAUUUAUUUUAGCUGAUGUACAGAAGAACCGUGUUGGUGGACGUCUAAUUAUACUUAGUUUUCAUCAACAGACAGAGCUACUGUUGAACAGUUCGAUAUGGUUUUGUGAUGGUGCUUUUAAGACUUGUCCAAAUAAAUUCAGACUAGUCUAUAUCAUUCAAUGUUUGGUUGGAAAUCAAAUGUUGCCAGCAUUAUAUGCUUUUACAUCGAAUCGUAAAAGAAAAACGUAUGAGGAAAUAAUUCGAAUUAUUAUUAAUUUAGCAGCAAGUCGAGGAAAGGGUUUUGCAGUUAAUACAAUUGUACCUAAUUAUGAAGAUGCUUGGUAA